UGGUCACAUAAGGCUGUUUAUGGCUGUAGGGAAACAUACUUUGGCUAAACUAGACUUUAAGCUGUGUUUUAAACGUCUCUUUUUUUUAAAUGGAAAGCAGCAUGUGCUUUGCUCUCUUUCUAAAUGGAGUUUGUGGUUAGACGAGUUCUCACAUGAUUUUUGAGGGUGCCGAGAAAGGAACAUUUCUCGUGAGUGGAGACGCAACUUUUAUUUUUUUCAUCAACAAGGGAAACCACCAUCAAACACAGAUACUCUGAGUGUCAAACUGUGAGUGGCUUUCAGUCAAAUAUGCCUGCUGUUGGUGGUGACCAAAGUCUUCAAAUAAUCAUGAUGGAAAAUAUAACAAAGUCCUCCACGUCUAAGUACCUGGAAAAUACAACUUUCUUCUUGGAUAAUUUUGAUUACUCGUCUACGUCCCAGGAUUACUCUGACUUUCCUGUGCUUUGUGACAAAGAGUCAAACCGGCAGUUUCGCCUCUGGUUCAUGCCGCUCUUCUACGCCAUCAUCUGCUUGCUGGGAGUGGCUGGGAACCUGCUGGUCAUUGCCACUGUCUUCUACUUCAAGCGCCUCAAGAACAUGACAGAUGUGUACCUGCUCAACUUGUCCUUCGCUGACCUGCUCUUUGCCCUCUCGCUCCCCUUCUGGGCAGCCAACUCCAUGGCAGAGUGGAUUCUAGGGCUUUUUGUGUGCAAAGCCAUGCACACCAUCUACAAGGUCAGCUUCUACAGCAGCAUGUUCCUCCUCUCACUCAUCAGCGUCGACCGCUACUUUGCCAUCGCCAAGGCCGUCUCCACGCACGGCCUUCGCUCGAAGGCUGUCUUUUUGAGCAAGUUGUCCUCCACUGCCAGCUGGGUGAUGGCGCUGAUCUGCUCCAUACCAGAAAUGAUGUACACCAACAUCAACAACAACACCUGCGAUCCAUUCUCCGCCAAAAACGAUAAGCUCCGUGUUGGCUUCCAGUCCAGCCAGAUCGUGUUGGGUUUCCUCGUUCCGUUCCUGAUCAUGAGCUUCUGCUACACCUGCAUCAUCCAGACGCUCUGCCAGGCUCGCGGCUUUGAGCGGAACAGGGCCAUCAAAGUGAUUCUCGCCAUUGUCAUCGUCUUCCUGGUCUCCCAGAUGCCUUACAACAUCGUCCUCUUCUGGACUACAAUCGUCACAGGAGCCGGAGGAACAGAGAACUGUGGCUACGACAACGGUCUCCUGUUUGCCACCGACAUCACGCAGUACGUGGCCUUCCUGCGUUGCUGCCUGAACCCCUUCGUCUAUGCCUUCAUCGGCGUUAAGUUUCGUCAUGAUGUUCUCAAGCUGCUGAAGGAAAUUGGCUGCAUGAGCCAGGAAAGGUUCUACAGAUACACCUGCGGUCGAAGGAGGAGCUCAGCUGGCCUCGACACAGAGACCACCACUUCCUUCGCUCCUAAAGGUGUCAACCCCACAUGCAAAGAGCUCGGAAUGGACUAAUACAAACUGUUUUAUUUUGUCAAAGCUUAUCAGCUUGCUGUGUACAUAGCAGAAGUUAUAUAAUUGCAAGUUGUUUGAGCUACGCUGCCUUUUGGCUUGUCUUCUUCAGGGAUUUGUUUAAACAGACUGUAUUUUGAAAGUUCUCAGUUUUAAUAAAAAAAAAAUGCAUAUUUUAAAGGAAAGUGAAGUAUUUGGUAUAC